CAAGUCUCUGCUUCUUCGAUCAAACUCUUUCCUGCUAUUACGAACUCAAAAACCAUAGCUCAUAUGGCUAUUUAUACCUUUCAAGCUCAUAAAUGGAUGAUAGUUCAAUAAGUCGCUAAAGUUUUGUAAUGUUUGCACUUAAGCUUUUACAUUGUGCCUUUUUUUGACAACCAAAUUCAACUACUGGCCGAUAGGGAACACGCUCUCGUACCAUUCAUUAGAGGAGAUGGCAACAGCGUUUAAAUGGAGAAGAAGACGUGGUGGUGGCGCACAAUCGCUCGAUCGGAGACUUAGAGGAUUCUUGUCCAGAAAGUUUGUCUUUCGAUUCGUUCUUAUAAUCCUCGCAUUCAUCGCCAUCCUCCCUCCUGUUUAUUUCCACUUCAAACUCCGACGUUUUCAUCAGGUGAAGUUAAAAAAGUGCAGUUGGUUAAAUAAUCCUCCUCUUGUUUGUGCUCAUGGUGGUGAUGCUUCCAAGGCCUUCCCUAAUACGAUGGCUGCUUAUGAUAUUGCUAUUCGUUCUCAAGUAGACUGCAUUGAGAUUGAUGUUUCUCGUUCUGCAGACGGGAUUUUGUUUGCUCUUCAUGACAGGGAUUUGCAGCGAAUAUCUGGGAACAGUUCAUCCAAGGUUGGAUACCUGAGCGCAAAGGAGAUAAAAGCGCUGGAUGGCACUCAUCUAUUACCAUUGGCUUCUCAUGAUGUUACCAUUCCUUCAAUGGAAGAUGCACUUAAGUUGAUAUCAAGUUCUGUUCAGAAGGUGGUUAUUGAUGCCAAAGUUGGGCCUCCAUCAUAUGAGAAGGGGCUUGCAAAAGAUAUACUAUCUGUUGUCACGAGGACACAAUGUAAAAACUGCAUCGUUUGGGCUAAAAGCGACAAUUUAGCGAGGGAUGUAAUUAAGCAGUCAUCAGAUGUGAUGGUAGGUUACAUUGUUAUGAUGAAUUUUUCUACCGGAACCAGAACAAACUUAUUGAGAAUGAGAGACGCUGAAGUUGUUGGCAUAUAUCAUGGUUUAGUUGAUGAGACAGUCGUCAAAAUUCUGCACAGGAGGAAGAAGAAGGUUUAUGCAUGGACUGUUGAUGAUGAAGAGACGAUGCAUAAAAUAUUGAGCGAAAAUGUGGAUGCUAUCAUCACCAGUGAUCCGACUUUGCUUCAGAGCUCCAUGCGAGAUAUUAGAAAGAAAUGCCUUGUUGAUGGUUUUUCUCUGGGAUCAUGAUCACUAAACUAGAUUGUAGAUCUACAUCCAUUUUUCUUCGUGUAUUCCAACCCAUAAUUUGGUCUCAAAAGGGUAAUAUUCCUCGUGAAAGCCUAUAGAUUUUGGUAUCUUUGGUUCAUUGAAGAGCAUACUGGAUUAACA